AAAAAAAGCUAGGCUGAAGUAUUUUCUCGGUGCUGCACAUAGAACUCGCACACUUGAUUGACGACUUUGGCGGUCUACUCUGCACACAACCGCGGAAACGUUUCCAGCAGUGCACGUGAAAAGUGCCCCUUCCAUUCGGCCUGGUUUCGAAGAAGGUGCAACCUGAUUUCGUCUCCCUUCAACGCAGCUGCUUUGUGUUCAGCGUGCUUGCUGUUUGAUCGUUCGUUCCUUCUCGAUACUGAACCUCGCCACCUACGCAACGAUCCAGUCGCGCCAUCCUCCGUCGGUGCCGCCGCACUCAUACAUGCACACGCGCAAUGGCCAAAAGGAAGCGAGAGGACGCCCUUCUACAGCCGGGCGGCGCUCGCAGUGGAAAGACCCGCAAGAUCGCUGCUGUGCCGGGUCUCCUGGCGCAAACCCACAUCCAAAUCGUUGUGGGCUCGUACGAGAAGAUCUUGCACGGAAUUAUCGCAGCCAUUCCGGCACAGGUUCUACAGCCCGCAAAGAAUAAGGUUGGAGAGAAGCCAACAUGGAAAGAGAAUGUGUCGAGACCAAACGAGGACUCUUUCCAUGAAAUGAGCCAAGAAUCAAACAAGGACGACCCAGAGGUUACAUUUGCAGACUCGUUCCUCUUCACUGCGCACACGUCUGCUGUCAGAUGUCUCACCCUGUCUCCCGUACCUGCUCAAGACGAUAUCGCGCAGAAGGUGGUACUGGCUACAGGUAGUAAUGACGCACGCAUCAAUCUCUAUACUCUAUCUACAACACCGCCGGACCCCCCAAAAAAGGGCGCUGUGCCUCUGCCUUCGAUUUCCGGCGUCAAGGUCUCUCAAAAUGCGUUGAACAAAGAGCUGGGCUACCUAAACCACCACAACAGCUCUAUUACCGCGCUCUGCUUCCCAACAAGGUCGAAGCUAUUGUCUGCCUCGGAGGACAACACGAUAGCUAUUUCCCGCACCCGUGAUUGGACAGUGCUUUCGACCAUUAAAGCUCCCACUCCGAAAGCUCAAGGAAGACCAAGCGGCGAUACUGCAGCUCCUGGUGAAGUGCCUGCUGGCGUUAAUGACUUCGCCGUUCAUCCAUCCAUGAAGCUCAUGAUCAGUGUGGGGAAAGGUGAGAAGUGCAUGCGCCUGUGGAACCUAGUUACCGGGAAAAAGGCUGGUGUCUUGAACUUCGAGAAGGGAAUGCUACAUCAGGUCGGCGAGGGAAAAUAUGGGACAGGUGAGGGUAGGAGAAUCAUCUGGGAUGAGGCAGGCGAAGAGUUUGUGGUCGCAUUUGAGAGAGGUGCCGUGGCAUACGAUAUGGACUGCAAAGUAAGAAGUAGGAUUUGCCCAUGGCCGCCUUCGAAGGUGCACCAGAUGUGUUACGUUCCCAAUACUGGGGAUGAGAACGUGCUUUGUGUCAGCACGGAGGACGGCAGAAUUUUGUUCUUCGAUACAGCGAGCCAGUCCGACGAUGUGAAUGGGACAGAGGAUACUGAGGACACGACGAGGCAGAAGGAUAUUCCUCACGCAAAAUUACUCGCUCAGAUGGGGGGUCGUGCGACCGGUGUCGCGAGCCGCGUCAAGGAUUUUGCAGUAUUGUCUAGCUCGAGCAGAAAUGAUGGCGCGUUAAACAACCUUGUUUUUGUAACCGGUUGUAGCGAUGGCACGAUUCGACUAUGGCUGCUCUCUUCUGGUGAAUUGGAUGUAGCUCGAGAAGUAGCAACUAAAGAGAAGAUACCACAGGUGGGGCAUUUACUCGCACGCUAUGAUACAGGCAACCGCAUUACAUGUCUUACGGCAUUUAUCAUGAAUGAGCGGGUGGACACUGGUUCGGAAGCAAAGGAGGCGGAAUUUGGUGGCUUUAGCACAGGAGUGAAAAAUGAUGAGAGUGAUAGUGAGGAUAGCGAGAGCGAUUACUAAGUCGAUAAUGUGCGUAUAAUGUCUCUGCUGGAACCAGUCAAGUUACAGUCUCCGUAGCCACGGGAUUUCUGCCUAUAUAGAAUGGUCUUAUCACACACUCUGACUUGUCAACGAAAUAGUACCAGGUACUAACAACUAG